CUGCAGGCCACUCGGGCUUUGAUGGUGGCUGCUAUACUCCUGGGCCUUGUCGCUGUAUUUGUUGCUGUGACUGGCAUGAAAUGUAUGAAGUGCAUGGAAGAUGAUCAGGUGAAGAAGAUGCGGAUGGCUGUCUUUGGUGGGGUGAUUUUCAUCAUUGCAGGUUUGGCAGCGCUGGUGGCCACAUCAUGGUAUGGCAACAGAGUGGCUCGGGCCUUUUAUGACCCUUUCACCCCUGUCAACACCAGAUUUGAGUUUGGAUCAGCUCUCUUCAUUGGCUGGGCAGCUGCUUCUCUGGCCAUGCUGGGGGGAGCCUUCCUCUGCUGCUCCUGUCCGCGGAGAGAAACUUCAUAUCCACCCACCCGAGGCUAUCCAAAAAACGCCCCCUCCACAGGGAAGGAUUAUGUAUAAUGAAACAAAGAACAACAACCGCCAGCACUGGUAGUGAAAGCAUUUUGGAGAGGACGCUGCAAUGCCACUGUCCUGAGCAGAGUUCAGACUCUAGGUUCUGCCUUCCUUUUCUCCCAAAAAUGUGUAUAUUUUUGUAAUCCUCUUUGCUACUGGACAUAACUUCUCUUUUUUCUCCCAGCCCGUGGAGGAAGGCUAGCCUAGGUUGAUAGGUGUUGCCACUGGAAAGAUGAAACCUCCAAGCUUGGGUUAAGUUUAGUAUUUGGGAGUCAAAGGGAAAAUGAUACUGUGUUUUUUAGAUGGAUGUUGGUGCUUUUUUAGUUGUUUUUGUAAAAAAAAAAAUAGAUGGCAACAAUUCAGUCCCAUAUUCCAUUAAGUUAGAGCCCAGUGUGGUGUGUGUAGGAAUUAAAGGAACAUAUAUUAUAUACAAAGUGAUGAAACCAAUAGCUUAAGGGGAAACAUAAUUUUAGGGAAAAGACUUUACAUGUAGGAAUGUUUGAAGAGAUCUAAAAUGUUCUUGUACUGUCUUACU